CAGGACCAGGGCCGCCAUUUUGGGUGGCAGGGUUGGGCGCGGAGCGGGGUACUGCGGCCGGCGGCGGCCCGCGGUGGGGGGGCAGUGAGUGCAGCCUGCGGGCGGGCGGCCCCCAUGGCCGGGCAGUUCGACUCCGAGGACCGGGCGAGCUGGUACUGGGGGCGGCUGAGCCGGGCCGAUGCGGUGUCGAUGCUGCAGGGGCAGCGCCACGGGACCUUCCUGGUGCGCGACUCGGGCACCAUCCCCGGCGACUUCGUGCUCUCGGUGUCCGAGAGCUCCCGCGUCUCACACUACAUCGUCAACAGCCUGGGGCCGGCGGGAGGCCGGCGGUCCGGCGGCGAGGGCCCUGGGGCCCCGGGGUUGAGUCCCACCAGGUUUCGAAUAGGUGACCAAGAGUUUGAUUCUUUGCCAGCUUUACUGGAAUUCUACAAAAUACACUAUUUGGACACUACAACCUUGAUAGAGCCAGUUUCCCGCUCCAGGCAGAACAGCGGUGUUAUCCUCAGGACGGAUGAAACUGAGUAUGUGCGAGCUCUCUUUGACUUUAAUGGCAAUGACGAAGAAGAUCUCCCAUUUAAGAAAGGAGACAUACUGAAAAUCCGGGAUAAACCUGAAGAGCAAUGGUGGAAUGCAGAAGACAGCGAAGGAAAGAGGGGAAUGAUACCUGUUCCUUACGUCGAGAAGUAUAGACCUUCCUCUGCUACAGUAUCUACUCUGAUUGGAGGUAACCAGGAUAGUUCCCACCCACAACCACUGGGUGGGCCGGAGCCAGGGCCCUAUGCCCAGCCCAGCAUCAACACUCCGCUCCCUAACCUUCAGAAUGGCCCUAUUUAUGCCCGGGUUAUCCAGAAGCGAGUCCCUAAUGCCUACGACAAGACAGCCUUGGCUUUGGAGGUCGGUGAGCUGGUGAAGGUCACAAAGAUCAACGUGAGCGGUCAGUGGGAAGGAGAAUGCAAUGGCAGACGCGGUCACUUUCCAUUCACACAUGUCCGCAUCCUGGAUCAACAGAAUCCUGACGAGGACUUCAGCUGAGUGUGGCUCAACAGUUGCGCUUACAGAUGGGAACAAUCUCAACUUGUUUUUAUUGCCGAUGCCAUCAAGACUAUGUUCCGACAGAUGUUGAAAGCGGUAUUGCUUGUAUAAGCAUUCUGAUAACCUGCAAACCCCUGGGACUGAACACCACCAUUCCUUAAUCAAGGGUCAUGUAAUUCAGGGUACGACAGUAGAUAACUUGUGUGUCAAGUGGCAGAACUAGUACAUGAUUAUAGGUUGUAAUGCCUGCUUAUGUCCAUGUGCACAGCAGACUGGACCUUGCCAGCAGCAGCAGUUGGAGAAAGCAGCGCUGUAGAUGUUACGGUAACAUUUAUAGCUCUCUCUGGUCCUAUUGCUUAGGUUGCUUCUUCCUCAGGCAAUGAACAUCAACCUUAGACAAUUCAAUAUAUAGAUAGAAAUCUCACAAAUUUAUCCUGGAGCUUUCUCCAUAUAUUAUUUUUCCC